UCUAGUAGACCAAGCGACCCUGUUAGUAGUUCCCCCGUUGCCUUGUAUGAUAAAGUCUCUGUUUGAGUGGGAAAACUUUGUUUCAUGAAACUUGUUUUAUAAUCCCAUUGUUUGAUAUCAAUCUGUCAGUAGCAACUUGCGUGAAAAAUAUCAUCAAAUUAGGCUGUUAGUCAUUGUUGUUACAUUACAGGAGUCACGUGUGGAGAAAAGGAAACUAGGGAAGUUGAGAGAAAAGUUGAGGCGAAGAACUAUGAGUGAUGGGUGAGGGCAGCGUUCUCCAUCACACCUACUUAUUUGACACACGAAACUUGACAGUAACUGUUGCUGCUGCUACUAACAGAUAAGUUUCUGUUUGCACUUUAUAAAUUUCAUAUGGACAGUAUAUACAUGUUUACAUUUUGAUAAGAAAAAGGAACGAAGCGUGUUUUAUAUAACGAGUACUCAUAUAAGAGAGAAUAAAGAUGUGAGGGAUAUUUUUUAACAGCCGGUCGCCAGUAGAAGAUAUUACAUUUUUUCUGUCGAGAAUUAAGACUGUCUUACAGGAAGCUUUAAUCUAUUUUUGUUGAAAUAUUCAAAUGCUUCAACUUUCUAAAGUGAACACUCAUUUUGGUAACAGGAGGCUCAACAUUUAAGACUUACAGCUGUUGUAAGAAAGAUGAUGUAUGGACUGUUCAUUCUUUUGGUAACAACAGUUGUUGCUGAAGACUUGUGGCAAGAUCUUGUAUUACAUGAAGAGCAUGUCCCUUAUUUCUUUUAUAACAAUCUACAUUUAAAAGAGAAAUGUAAAACUGAUAACAAGUGUCCGUACAAAAAGCAUUUGGACUCAAAGCAAUGUUGGGGUUAUGAAAAAUCUUGUCAUUCCAGUUUGCAAAUGUCUACACCCCAUUGUCCUGAUUCCAGUAAUGGAUGGUUUUAUGACAAGAAGUCUCAGAUAGAAUCAUUCUGGGAAAAUGGAGAUUUUGGUUAUGUGAAAAAAAGAAGAGAAGAAUUAAAAUCCUACUGUACUGCUGAAAAACUUGGUGAUUCAUCUCUAAAAUGUUGCAAGUACUUCCGAUAUUGUGAAGCAACCAAUAUCUACAUUGACUUCAGAAAUAUUGAUCUCAAUAUUGGGAAUGACAGAUUCCGAGAAGACAUUCUCAAAGAAAAUGAAAUUGGGGGCCAUUGUCAUAUUUUCAAAAAUUUAAUACGGGCCGAAGGGCAACAUAAAAGUCCACUUCAGUCAUGGUUUGCAGAACUAGAGAACUAUUCAUCACUUAAUUUCUACACUAAUAAUACAGAACAUUGUGAUGUUCAUAUUGAAAAACCAACAAUCAUUAUGAAAAUGGAUGUUGGUAUUAACUUAUAUCAUCAUUUCUGUGAUUUUAUCAACUUAUAUUUAACACAACAUAUGAAUAAUUCCUUCAGUACUGACAUUUAUAUUGUCAUGUGGGAUACAAGCCCUCUCAGAUACGGGGAACUAUUUGAAUUGACUUGGAAAGCAUUUACUAAGCAUCCAAUUAUCCGGCUAGGUGACUAUAAUGGUAAACGGGUGUGUUUUAAAGAUGCAGUGUUUUCAUUUCUGCCUCGUAUGAGAAGUGGGAUGUAUUAUAACAUGCCAUUGGUACCUGGAUGUGAAAAGAGUGGUUAUUUCCGGGCUUUCUCUCAACAUAUCCUUCACCGUCUCAACAUAUCUCAAGAAGGACCACUUCUACAUAAGAUAAGAGUUACAGUGCUUACUCGAAGUACAACAUAUCGUAGAAUUUUAAAUGAAGAGGAACUUGUAAAUGCUUUGAAGACAAUCAGUGAAUUUGAAGUUGAGGCUGUGGAUUUCAAUUUUAGACAAAUGUCAUUUUAUGACCAACUAAAAAUUUCUCACAACAGUGAUAUUUUCAUUGGUAUGCAUGGAGCUGGUCUGACACAUGCCCUAUUCUUACCUGACUGGGCUGUUUUGUUUGAAUUGUAUAAUUGUGAGGAUGAAUUUUGUUACAAAGACCUCUCUCAUCUCCGGGGAGUUAAAUACAUCACCUGGGAAAAAAGAGAUAAACUUACUCCUGAAGAUGAGGGCCAUCAUCCAACAUUAGGACCACAUCCCAAGUUUACAAAUUAUUCUUUUGAUGUUAAAGAAUUCAUGAGGUUAAUUAUUGGGGCUGCUGAUUAUGUUCUUAGUCAUAAGUUAUUUUGGGAGAAACAUCAAGAACUAUAUAAACCUCCCUCCAAAACUGAACUUUGAAACAUACUGAUGUCUCUAAGCAAUUACCCACAUAUACUGUUAACAUGAAGAACAUCAUUGAAAAAAAACAAACAACAAUUAACAACCAAAUGUUACUUGGUGAAGCAUUGAAUAGAAUUGUAUCUUAAUUUGUGAUUCUUUCAAUGAAUUAUAGUGUCAAGUAAAGAAAACAAAGCUAUAAAAAUAUAUUUUCAUAAAAACAAAUGUUUCUUGAAACAGCUAAUAUUUUCUUAUAAAAGUUUUAUAUCAAAACAAGGCAUAUCUAAAGUUGUUUAUUUUUCUUAAAUUAAGCUUUCUAAAUUUAUCCUGAGUAAUCUUUCAGUAUGUAUAAAAAAAAACUUGUUUAUAUUAUAUAAAUUUUGUAUUCUUUUCAAAGCUAUAAUAUUUAAAAUCUUAAAUUAUAUUCUCACAAGAACAAUUACAGUUGAUCAACAUAUACUUACUUUAUGAAUGCAUGUUAGUCAACAGUUGGUGUUGUUUUUAUACAUUUAUAGUACAUUUAACAGUGUAGUUGUUGGGGCAAACACAUUACUGUGCCUUAUCUAACUUAUAUUUUCCAGCUAAUUUUUUACUGGACCAUCUUUGUUUUAAAGCCCACUUUUUCAUACUUGCAUACGCCAGAUGGAAUUUGAUGAGGCAGAUUUUCUACAAAUGGAUUUUCUUCUUGUUACCAACCUUUACAUGUUUCCAGACAAAGUAAUAUUUUCCCAUGGAAAAUACUGGAAACAAAGGUCAUGACUCAUAUGACAGUAUCACUUGUUCACAUUUAUCACAUGAUGUCAAAACAAGUACACAAAAACACAUCCAAAUAUGUAUACACACACACACACACAUCUUUAUCUUUUACUUGUUUCAGUCAUCAGACUGCAAUUAUGAUGGGUGAACACUUUAAGGGUUUAGUCAAACAAAUCACCUCUGGUACAUUCUUUAUCAGUCUCUUUUACUAGACUAGUAAGUUACAAGAAUAUAAACAAACCAACAACAGUUGUCAAGUGGUGGAAGGAAUAAACACAUGCAUUCACACACUCUCAGACACACAUGUCAAGCUUCCACACAGUUUAUGAGCUUCCUUCAAUUUCUAUCAGUCACUUGCAAAGCUUUGAUCAUCUCAGAGCUAUAGUAGAAAGCACUUUCCUAAUGUGCCAUGCAAUGGGGACUGAACUCAAAACCAUGUUGUUGGGAAAUGAACUUCUUAACCACACAGGCAUGCCUCCACCUAUACUUCGACAUUAUUAUUAGGUGUGUGUGUGUCCACAUUUGUAUGUGUGUAAAAUAUGACACAAAAGAGUCCUGUGUCAUAAGAUCAGUACUGUUAUAGUAAUGUCUAGAGAUUGAAUUUUUGUUGCAAUAAUUUGGUUGCAUAUGAUUUAUUUUAACAUAAUGUUAAAAAAAUAACCUUUUUCAUAUAAAAUUUACUGGAACUUAAGAAAAAUAUGAAAUUGUCAAUAACGUAUUCUUUAAGCAAAUUAUAUUGUCAGUUUGAGAGAAAAAAUUUAAAAGAAUGGGAAGGAAAAAUUUGCUUUCUCUGCAAAAUAAAUGUAUUCAUUUUUUUUUUUUUUUUUGACAAAGUUUAAUUUCUGUUUCCAUAUUGUGAUGGGUUUGAUUUAUUUUACAAAAUAAAAUUUUUUUUUCAUA